AUGGCGUCCAAGUAUAAACGUCCAUAUCGAGAUUUCAGCCGCGAUUUUGGUUUCAAACACAUAUUCAUUUAUUUCUGCAAUAAAACUGCUGGAGAAAGGCAAGCUGAAUUACACACUAAAGUUAUCGAGGAGAGUUGUGAAGAUAAGCGGCAGUGUUUAGUCGCAUUUUCAAGUUUACUGGAUGAAUCGAUCGCCUUAUCAUGUAUGAGCUUCCAAGACGCAUUCGAUGAAUAUAUUGGCAAGAUACCUUCACUAGCAUGUAUAAAGAAAGAUAAACAUGACAUCCGUUGCCAGUUUAAGGACAAAAUAUUGUCAAAGAAUGGUUUGCCCGUUCUCUAUUUAGAAAACAAUGGAAGCAGUUUCGUCAUGCUACAGGACCGCCCACUGGAUAAAAUAACACUCUGUCAGAGCCUCGACCAGGUCCUUGAUGCACCAAGGGAAAGUGGAGCAGAUGAAGUUCCAAACGUCUUUAGCAGCAUCCCAGAUAUCAUGGAACUCUUGAGUACAGCAAAAGACAGAGCUAUUCUUACAUUUGUGUUGUCAAGUGUUUUUUCAGCAACUAAACUUUCACUAGCUCUUGGAAUGCAACACCAACGAACUCAGAAUAUAAAACAAAAGGUUGAUGAAUUGUUGGACCAAAUAAAUGAUAUACGUAAAGAAGCAGAUGGGGAAGCAGAAAGAAAAAUAGAAGCUGUUAUAUCACAACUACAGCUUGAAAUAGAAAGAGAUUCGGAUCAUCUAAAUUUGAAAAGGGCAAGACUACACGAGGAAGAAAUAGAAGAAAGGAGCUUUGAAAUAGAAUUGAAAAGAAGACGGCUGGAUGGAAUGGAAGGGAAAUCAAAAUCAUCUGCAAAGAAAAGGUUGUCCAAGCGACUCAUUAAAAAUUGGAAAAAUAGUCUUAUGUCACAAAAAGGGAAAGGUGAGGGAAGGUAUAGAAUUGAUAGAGGUGCAGAACAAGCGAUAUAUGAAGUGCUUCAAGAGCAACUGAAAGCACAUAGCCGAAGAUGGGGUGAAGAGGGAACAGGGUAUCUUGAACAUGACAAACGUCUGCAUUCGAAGGAAAUGAGAAGAAUCGCAAAUACCUACCUUAGAAAAAGAGGAAAGAAAACAAUCAGAAGUAAGGAGACUGUCCAUUCAUGGGGGAGAUGUCGAAAUAGGAGAUCUCGUCAGGCCAAGCAACAUCGAGGUAGAAAUUUGUGGGCUCAUCUUCGACCUCAGAAAAAAUGGAAAGAAGGGCACAUCAACAUUCAUUACAAUCGUGCUCACAUUAAGAACUAUACUAGAUUCGCAUUUUCCAAUGACAACAAAGAAAGGCAACCAUAUGUGAUUAGACGUGCCAUUGACGAUAAGACAUAUGUGAGGUGCGGGACAUCAGAAGGAUUCUCAAGGCCACUUCAUACCCCAGUGCAACUAUCUAAUGAAGAAAGAUGA